AGAAACAAACGACGAUGGAAGGAAAAAUUUUCAAAAUGGCCAACUUUUGCGGAGCCGUGGUCGAAACGCGAGUGCUUGUCGCGCGUAUUGUUGCGUAAAAACGGUACGAUUUUGCCCCGGAAAACGGUUCCGGAACGGGUUCUGGGCGGUGCCGAUCGAUUCCACCCCCGGAAGGACGGAUUCGAGUGCCAGGCGGACGUGAAAAUCGUGCCGGAAGUGUCGAUCCGUGUGAAGAGUGUCGGUCGCCUACUAGAAGGCAAUCGAAAUCGAAUCUCGAAUCGACCGCGGAGUGUGUGUGUGUGUUUUGUGUAGUUGCAGAAAAUCUUCCCAUCCAUAAUCAAUCCAAGACGGCGGCGGAGGAGCGUUUUCUUGUUCCGAUUCCCAUCAAGCCUGUCCGCGGUUUGGAAGUUGGAAGAAGAGGAAGAACCAAGGGAAGAGGUUGCAGUGGAAAAAAGAGUUUUUUGGAAAAAGAUUCGUGUGUCGUACUAGAAAAAAAUGUUAAUUGAGAGUGAAUAUUGUUCAAGUGGUUUCGGAGCUUAUUAUUAUUAGCCCAGAAGAAGAAGGGAUUGCGCAGAGUACGGAAGGAAUAAUGGAGUCGCUGGCGGAAGUUGUGGAAAGGGAAUGAAUCCACUCCAGAGUGUGAGAAGCUGCCCAGUUCCAAUCGAUCAAUCGUCGAAUAAGGCCCGAACCGUGAUGAAGCGGCACUUGGAAUUGCUUCCAAGUAACUGUAGCCAUAGUGCCCUGCUGCACAUCGUCACAAAACAGCAUGCCGGGUGCAAAACUCUGAAUUGAAUGGAAGAAGCUAUAUGUGAAAAGCGAAAAGCGUCAGCAGCCGCCAUCCGAUAGGUGCAAAAUUUGUUGGAAGCCGAAACCUUCCCAGUGAGCAACGGAUCCAAGGGUGUGUGAGUGUGCUGUCCGGACGGAUGGGGACCAGUCCGUUGUGUGUCUCGACGACGUCACAAAACAGUAAUUAGAAGAAAUAAGGAAAAAAUACAAAACAACCGAAUGCUGACGGUGCUGAAGAAAUUGAACCAUCUGGGGAAGAAGAACCGAAACGAAGAAGAAUAGCAAUACUCUCUUGUAAGUGCAGUGAGGUUUCUUGGAGGUGCCCGGAAGACACAGGCUACAGAAGAGCGAAUCCACCUUUGUGUGUGUGUUCAUGUGUAGUGGAAGUGUUCCGCUAGUAGUACCUUUGUGCCGCGAGUCGGAGUGGCAGUUUUUUUCGGUUUUUUUUUUGUGUGAAUAUUCCAAGCAAACGACUACAAAGCUUUCGACAAAGGCAAAGGCAGAAACCGAGUGUGAGUGUUCAAGGAGAAAAUUAGCUCAAAAGAAGAAAUAGGAUAAUAAAGGUUACCCCCCGAAGGCAGUCGAAGAAGGCGCAGGCAAACGUAAGCAGCCAGAAGACCCAAGUUGCGAAAAGUGGGAGGCAAAUUCCGUUUCACUGGGACACCGAAUCUCCUGGUGUUGUCGCCUUGGUGAGCUACAUCUUUUGUAAGGUGCCACCGAGGAGCCCCAUCAUUCGGUCAUCAAUCAAUUUGUAAUUUGCCUACCGAUCGGGCAAGUUCGGGGUAGCGUUUGCAAUCGGUUCCGUGUGGUCAUCACCUGGAAGUGGGGAAGAAGCGCCGCACCAAAAUCAAGCUGAACCCAGAGAUCAAAUUCCUUCGUCACAUAAUCUAGUAAAAGAAACCUCUACAAAAUCUGCCGCCGCCAGUCAGCCAUCCCCAAAUCGCCAGUCCUAGGUUCCAUCGAUGAAGACAUCCAACUAGGUCACUGAAUCGCUGCCAGUAGCAGGCAUCUGGUCCUCACGGGGUGUCGCAUUUGGUGGUGCCUGCGGUUAGUCGUCGCUUGGAAUCCAUCGAUCCUGGCACCGGUUCGGGGGCCAGCAACUGUAGCAGUCCCAGUAGUACCGAUCUGCAGCAGGUCAGCCUUGCCGCUGUCACCCCGCCGGCCCCAAAACGGCUCACCCGACGAAGUUCACGUCUUCUCGUCGCCCUCUGCUGGUGGAGGUCGUCGUACUAGGUCAUCCGGCAGUGCUGCUUGAGAGGGGCUAAUAUGGCCACACCGCCAACCGAGGGAGAAAUCAGAGUGGGUCCCGGCCAUCAGGUAAACGAUAUCUAUGCAACAUUACCAGAUUAUCAACCAAUUGAAAACUACCGCUCCGAGGACGAUGAAGAACGCGACCUAGAGGAUCCGAGAUGGACCCCCGGCAUCUACAUUGACAACGAUCUGUUGAUGUACCUGACUGCCGCCCGUUCAAUCUCUGCGUUCCAGGGCAUGUGCGAGGAGGAUGGUUGCAUGGCAGCUAGUCGCGACGAUACAACGAUUAAUGCUUUUGAUGUUUUACACGAUUCUGGAUACGACGCCGGAAAGGCACUAGAAGCACUGCUCAAGUGCCCGGUGACGAAGGGGAUCGACAAAAAGUGGACCGAGGAGGAAACCAAGCGCUUCAUCAAGGGUCUGCGUCAAUUUGGGAAGAAUUUUUUUCGCAUUCACAAGGAUUUACUGCCACACAGAACUACGCCUGAACUAGUGGAGUUCUACUACCUGUGGAAGAAGACUCCAGGAGCGAACAACAACCGACCGCACAGGCGACGCCGUGCAGGUUCAUUACGUCGACGCAACACGCGUACCAACAGUAAUGCUAGCAGCAACAACACACCACCAAACAGUAACAAAAAGGAAGCAACACCGGAACCGGCCGUAACGGAAUCGUCGCGGCCAUCACCGAUCUCCAAGGAGGAGAACAGUUCCGUCACCGAGGACGAUAUCAGCGAGUGCGACUCGGAUUCGAGUGCCACCAAGGCCAUCAAGGAAAGUGCCGCAGCAGCUGUAGCAGCAGCAACAGCAUCCACGGCAUCAGCAAUAGCUGGUACCGUCGUAGCGACACUAACAACCACAACCAGCACAACGACGGCUUCAGCGGGAGCACCGGUCACGGCUACGGCAACGCCAGCAGUAGCCACAGCAGCAGUUGCAACGGCAGCAGCAACCACAGGAAACGGCGGAGGAGGAGGAGGGGGAGGGGGAGGAGAAACGGGUGAGGAUUCUCCUUCGAGGAUGAGAACUCGCCAGAAACCGACGGCGAAAGAGCAGCAACAGCAACAGCAGGCCAACGCCCAGAACAAUACCAACAAUACCAGCGGCAAACGUCCCAAGCGGGGUGGAACGGAAACACCGGACACAACGCCGAUCGACAGUCCCAAGACGCCGAGUAAAAAGGACGAAUCGACUGGGAAGGGACAGAAGACGAAAAGCAAAACGGACACACCCAACAAGGGCAAGAAGCGGGCCAAUGAGCUGGAUCCGGACGGCAGUGACGACAAGGAUGGACAGAAACGGAAACGAUCGGAUAGCCCCACGGAAAGUAUUACCACGGAUAGCCGACCUGGAUCGGUGUUGGACGAAGCAGAAUCGAACAGUGAGGCCGCUACCGAAGUCAGUAUCAAUGUUAGUGCAGCGGCAGCAACUCCAACGGCACCAUCGGCCAAGGAGGAGGAAAAGGAUCCCCUCUCGCUUGGGCCUACUGCAGAACCGAUGGUCACGGAAUCGCCGGAAAGUAGCAAUCCGGCAACGGCUGUCACCAAAACCGGCGACGAGAAGGAAGAGGAUGGAACAGUUGUUGCCGCACCGGCUUCGGUUACGGCAGCCCUUCCGACCGCAGCCGAUACUGCCAAACUUCCCGAAACGGAAGACAUCACUCCACCUUCGACGGCGACGACAACUCCGGUAGCAACACCUGCUCCCGCCCCAGUGCCAACGCCGGAAGAAGCCAUGGCUGCCGUUCCUACUACCUUGGCGGAAGAACCACCGGAGAAGGCCGCCGAAGGCUCUCCUACGGUACCUCCUCCACCAGUUCUCCCAUCCCAACAAGAGUCUAGUGCGGCUCCACUCGCUGCCAGUGCCGUUCCACUACCAGGACAAGCUCCUAACGAACAGGAGAUGCUCUCUAAACUUGCCAACAUGAAGCAAGAACUUAAUCCUCAUAGUAUAGCACCGCCCACCGAGUUCAACGCAAAGGAUGUGUUCAUCAAAAAGGAACCGGGAGAGGAGCCGUCCGAAAGUCAGCCGCCAAUUAACGAACAACCUCAAGAUCUCAAACUAAAGAUUGAAAUAAAAUCUGAGGCCAAGCUUAUGAGGGAAACCGGCACACCCGGACAAGGUGACGCUCCUCCGGAGAACAAGUAUGAUCCAGAAAAUUUGACCAUGAAACCUGCCUACGAAAGCCAUAUCAAAUAUGGACAUAGCGAUGAUGGUCUCAAGUAUGGUGAUAUGAAAUAUCCACCACAGCCACAGGAUGGUCCAAUGAAAUAUGGACAGGAGGAACCACUCGAGUACGACAUGAAACGGUUUAUGGAACCUGGCAAAUAUCCCCCGCAGGACAGUGCCCUGUCGAUGAAGAUUGGUCCACCUGGUGCACCGGGAGGUCCUUCCGAUGGGCAACUUCCGAAAGGUUAUCCGCAGGAUCUGGCAGGACUUAACAUGAAGUACACACCACCGGAUGAACGUCCCAAGUUUGCCCCCUCUCCUGCCUCGGAUAGUGGUAGUGCUGGAACGCCAACCGGCUUGCCUCUCAUACCAAAGAGCCACUAUCCGGAUCAGUUGAGUAUGCUUCGUCAGCCGUACGAUCCGAGCGGCAUGAUGAAAUUCGAUCCGAUGGGUAAAUAUCAGGGUCCACAUCCUCCGUACGGACCACCGGGAAGUCAACCUCCAUCACAGCAAGGUCCGCCAGGUCCACCACCAACGUCGCAACAGCAGCAACCUCAGGACUUGAAAUAUCUUCCACCGGAAUCGAUGUCAGGUAUGAAGACCAGCUUUUCAGCGGACAAUCUAAUGAAAAGUUCAACAUACUCGCCACUUGCUGACCAAUCUCCAUUGGAUGUUUCAGCGUCUUCUCGUUUAGCAAUCACUCCGAAUCAAGACAGCCAGGGUAGCAACAGCAACAAUAGCAGUUCACAACCACCAAUGCACGGAAGCAUCGCAUCACCACAGUCCGGCCAUCCUGGAAUGCCCCCAUCUGGGUAUUCCGGUCAUCCGGGCAUUGUGAAUCCUGGAUUAAUGCCAGGAUCACAUCCGUCGCUAAUGGGAUCAAAUUCAUCGCCGGUGCCAGUGUCUCAAUCGGGCCACGCACCUCCUAUGCAGCAAGUUGGUUCCGGACCUCAUCAACCUCCUCCUUCAUCGCACCCUUCGCAGGGAUCGCAACCACCAUCGGGACCACCGCAUCAGCAACAGCCACCUCACAUGUUACCAAAUACAAGUUUACCAUCGCACAUGCCAAGCAGUCCAUAUCUGUCAUCUGCCCACCGUCAACCACCACAGCAAUCGGAAGGCUCCCGACUUCAACCGAGCACUACGCCAACAUCCAGCUCGGCAACAACACCAACCUCCACAGCUCCUGGCAUGAAUUCUCAAUCUCCUGCACCGAUGCGUCCCUCCGACCAACCACAUCCUCGGGAUCUUCCACCAACGAGGGCUUCUCCUAUCAACUCUCUCCUUCAGGGAGUACCAACACCUCACGGGAUGCUCACGCAUCCUCUUCCAUUACAUUUGGGUCAUCCUGCGAUGCAACUACCACCUCAUCAUCCGGCUCAUUUAGCUGGACCAUUGGGCCAUGCUGGUCUCCUACCUCAUUCACUAGGUGGACCAGCAGGUGCUCUUCCACUCCUCGGUGGCCCAACGCCAUCCGCCCUCGGUAGUUUAAUGGAAGUGGCAGGUGCAGGACGUAGGUCUCCUUCAGUAUCCAAUAAUCCUCCAGGACACCAUCCUCCGACGUCGCUUCAUCAGCCAAGUCCUUUGGCGCAAUCACCGUCAACCCCAACAGCUCCAUCCAGUCUGAGUCGGUCCAGUCCCAGUGUACAACAACAACCGCCAUCUGGUCCCGGUGGAUUCCCAUCAUCCCAUCACCAUCGGUCCAGUUCACCUGCCAAUUCAACUAGUUCCAGCCUCAGUCGAGCAAGUCCGAUGCAUCUAAGUCACCACUCUUCGAACCCUUCGGCAGCGGCAGCUAAUGCGGCAUCAAUCGAACGGGAUCGUCAAAUAAUGCGCCAACAAUCACCACAUAUGACUCCUCCUCCACCAUCCUCAUCGUCCUCCUCACUCAUAUCUAGCCCGCUAAGUAAAAUGUACAGUCAAGCCGGUCAACGGUCGCCACCUCCAAGUCAUCCGUUCCGACCUGGUGCGUCACCUCCCGUAAUUCGACAUCCACAAAUGCCACUGCCACUCCCCAUGACCGGACCAAUCCCAGGAAUGCCUGGAUCAGUGAUGCAUCCCUCGCAACCGUACCCACUCGUUCACCCCUCUCUGUUCAGUCCGCAUCAUCACAAUCCCUUCUACGCGCCGUAUCCUUACGGAGCUGCCUAUGGUCCCGGGUUUUCGUACAUGAAGCCUGCAGGGUCUCCAUUGGACAAUCCAAUGCUACAUCCGGGUCAUCCUACAAGCAUUCCUCCGCCACGGCCCGAAGAUUCGCAGAUCCACGGCAACGCUGGUGAUAAGAGCAAAUCCGGAUCGAAACCACCCCAAAAUUCGUCUUCGUCGUCCUCGUCGCUCUCUGGGUCAGGUUCUAAACCUGGUUCCGCUCCCGGAGGUCCCAACAACAGUAACAAUAGCCAAAGCAGUAGUGGUCCCUCCGGGGGACCAUCUCCCGGUGGUGCAGGUCCUCCUGGUAGUGGGCCACUUAGUGGGAGUCCCUUCCAGGGAGCACCUCACCAUCCGUCGCCGUACCCGCCUGGACCACACAAUCCCUUCAUCGAGAACCAGCUGCAGGUCAGUGGUAAAACGAGCCACAUGGAUGCCUUGCGGGCGCACGCGCACGCAGCAGCCGGUGGUGUAGGCUUGGGACCUCCUCCGGGUCAUCCUGGGCACCAUCCGGGACACGGGCCCCCACCGGGCGGCCAUCACGGACCUCCACAUCACCCGCACCCGAACGAACCGGUCCACAUUGAAACGUUGGACAUCGAUCCGGAUCCGGAGCCACCUUCGCCGGUGCACGACAUGAAUCGGGGGCCGAGUCCGGAGGCGAAACCGGACGACACCGAGUGCCAUCGGUCGCAGUCUGCGAUAUUUGUUCGUCGAUGCGAUCGUGGUGACUACAACUCCUGCUGUCGAACGGAUCUGGAGUUCAAACCAACGCCCGACUCCAAGCUGGCUCGGAAACGAGAGGAUCGCGACCGAAAGCUGGCGGAAAAGGAACGGGAACGGAAAGCCCAGCAAGCUCAACAGCAGCAGCAGCAACAACAGCAAGCCGCUCAAGCACAACAGCAUCAGCACCAGCAGCAACAGGCAGCAGCGGCGGCGGCCGCAGCAGCACAAGCAGCGCAACAGCAUGGGAAACCUCCUGGUGGACCGGGGCCACUUGGUCCCGGUGGUCCCAUGCCGGGUCAUCCUGGUCAUCCGAGCCAUCCUGGGCAGCAACCUCCAUCGAUGAAGCCGGACAUUAAACCCUACCCGGACACGCCGGCACUGCGGCAGCUGUCGGAAUAUGCCCGGCCUCACGUCGGUUUCAGUCCUGUGGAAACGAUGGUCCCUCCGCCAUAUCAUCCACUUUUCAAUAGAGAAAGGGAGUUUGAUGAGCUGAAAAAUCAACAAGCGGCAGCUGCUGCGGCGGCCAUGGGCCAAUCACGACUGGAACCGCACUGGAUGGAGUACUACCGGAGAGGGAUGCAUCCGUCGCAGUUUCCGGCACUGUAUGGCAACCCCUCUGCCUUAGCGCAUCUCGAACGAGAGCGGAUAGUAUCAGGCCUGCCGCCACAUCUAAUUGGGCUGGAUCCGGCCGAUCCACUGUUGCGCUUGGCUGGUGAAUACCACGCUCACUCCCAUACGCACCUGCAUUUGCACUCGCAACAGCAGCAAGACACGGCGGCGGCAGCGGCAGCGGCCGGUUUCCAACUACCACCUGCCAAUGUACCAUAUCCGAGGCCGAAUGUGCUGAUGCCGAGGGAUCCCCACUCGGAGGUCCUGUUGCGCAUGUCGUACGAUCCCUUGCAGCAGGCCGCUGAGUUCCAACGGCAAAACGCGUUAGACCGUGCCCACUCGCUGCAUGAGCAGUAUCUUAGACAACACGAGCGGGAAAUGAAAGUAAGAGCACUGGAAGAAGCGGCACGUGGCGGUAAACCAAUGUAGGCGGGACAUUGCACACUAUAGACUAACUAGGACACGAAGAUGAGGAAGAUGAACAAGAAGAGGGUGAGAACAGACACAGGCUAGAAAGAAAAGGCAGCAAACUAGGUUAUGUUAGUAUGUUUUCUUUCUGCAAACGUGUGAUUGUACAUAAUUGGACGAAUGUAAUCAACCACGGACUGGGGACGAUCUCUAGCUAAAAAAAGUUAAUGCACAAGUUGAAUUUCGAUUCGGUUAGUCAUGAAAAAUAUUUAUUCAAAGAACUGGCAUCACUGGAUACUUUGUUGCUGUGCUAAGAUUAUCUAUUGGAGAAUAUUGUCAAUAAUAAGGUAAUAUUUCAGUUCACAUCAGGGGGUAGCCAAAUUCCUUGACAUUCGCGAUGAUAUUGGAAAGCAGUCUAAUCGGCAUAGUGGGUAGCGGUUGCGCCAAAGUUGGUCGUAAAACAUUCAUUGCAAAAUUGGUUCAAAUCGAGUCUGCCAUGCUUUUCGGGGCACCAAUGAUCUAGAAGUGAGCUGGCUUGGAAACAUGGUUACAACACAAAGCAGUUUCAAAAAAGUGUUACACAACAUGCACCCAGACCCACUGUGCUGUGCACUGUUACACUGAAUAGGAAAAUGAAUCUAAAUCAAAGAAAAAGCAAACAUAAUUUGCAGCAUGUGAUGUUUCUCUACCGCAAACGUCAUUGCAGGUACGAACACAAACAUAUUUGACAACCAUAAGUUGGACAAAGUACACAUAAAUCAUUUGUAUGACUGUAUAAAGUAAACAAACGGUAGAUAGUAAGUAGAUUCGUAUAUAUUUUAUAUUUAUGAUAAAAUUUAAGACGGAAAUAGUCUUUCUGCGAGGAUUGUGUCGAUUUCAUAUUGACCCAAUUUCAUCUCGCUAGAGUGGACUGUUGCCACUCAACUUCAAUCCACAAGAAAUAAGAAUGUUAAGCAAACCCUGCCCUAGGCUUAAAAGCGCACUAUUCAAAACUAAAAAAAUGCUUCUAAAUUUAACACAAACAAGGUCCCAUUUUCGAAAUCUUCUAAGUGUCUAUAUUCGUAUGUCGUACAAUACAAAAGGCGAUAACAAAGCAAGUUUUAUGUAAAAAAUAUAGCGAUUUACUUUCCUAUUGCUUACGUUUAUGUUUGCGCAAGGACAAACUUUCACAAAUGAAAUUUCACUGGAAAACGAUUUUCCAACAUCCUAUAAGUAUUCAGCAGACGGACGAGCCGACACUCAAAAACGUCGCUUUUGUGCUGAUCACGUGGAGCUCUUGCUCGAAGAUUGGUACUUACCAGAAAAUGCUACCUUAGUUAACCACUUAAUACAAACAACCAUUCAAUUGCAUUUUGAGUUACGACGAAAAAGAUAUGAAAAGUUAAAACUUAGCUAAAACACUGAUAUAGAGGUUUGAUUGUUUAACAUAUUUGAUAAAUGUCAGUUAAGAAAUAAAAAAGCAGAAAUUUUAAACAAAAACUAGUUGCCUGUGAGCUCUGUUGUUUUGAGUUCUAACUUAUUGACAUUUUCUACCGACUAUAUUUACGUACGCAGACACGAACAAAAGUGGGAGAGCCGGCAACACUGUUGUAACAGAUGAAUUGUAAAUUUGGUAACAGAAAAACAACUAUAGUUCCGACGAGGAGUGAAACCUUUUUCAGACAGAGCCAGCUUCUCGUCGUGAACCGUAAGGCAAAGCAACAGCCAAUAUGUAAAAACAACGUGUACAACUUAAGUGACAAGUAUGGAUGUGAUCCCCAUUAAACAUUUGACAGUUCAACAGCCGACUGAAUUGAUUGAAAAAUCGGUCGAUUGUUGCACCGACGCUUAUGGAAGAUUAACACAGGGAUCAACCGAAUAUCACCCGACUCAAUAGGGUGGGCCGACGCAAUCCUACUAAAUAGGUGGAUAAAUCGGUAUUUUAAGUAAAAUCCAAGCAAGUUGACCUACAAAACAUCAGAUUUCCUCGGUCACCCGAUUUAAUCUAGCGAUUGAUCAGUUGAUAGCUGUGUUAAACUUCCAUAAGCGUCGGUGCAACAAUCGACCAAUUUUUCAACCAAUUUAGUCGGCUGUUGAACUGUCAAAUGUUUAAUGGGGAUACUUGUUAACUUGACAGAUAAUCAGUUUGUAAAGGCCAUGCUAUUCAACUAUCUGAUAAACUAGCAUACUCUUUUUCUAUAACGGAAAUGGUUAUGCUUUACAUUAACUUUUUCUCACCCGACGCGAGCUUCAAUUUCGUUUUUUUGAAAAUAUCACCUGCAGAUCAAAUCUGUAGCAUUUUAAGGGUUUUAUGACGAAACUUUGUGAAAUGCAUUUUCCCUCCUUUUCUAUCAAUCUAACGGUAUGUUUUUCUGCCUUUCUUCUUUGGUAAAAUUUCUAUAUGUCUUCAAAACGUUGAGGUAUUUCCUUCCAUUGAGGCAAAACAUACUCAACUUCUUUGAAACAAAUUUCAUUCACCGUUGAGGUAUUUUCCUUCAAUGAGACGAGACUUCUCGUCUUUGGUCGGGUCUGAUCCGAUCAGAUGUUAUCCUUCAGAUAUUCAAACACUUCAUAGUUUCCCUUUAAAGAUGAUAUUACACAUUCUACCGUCUGACUGGUUUUUUGUAGUUUGAUACUUGACCACUUGACAGGUUGAACACGAAUCAUCAGUCUGAAUAGCAUGGUCUUCUCAGUGAUCUGCCAAAACUGCCACAAUGCACAUAACUGAACCGGCAGCAACAGAAAACAGUCGAAAUAUGAACGACAUCGUUCAAGCAAAAGUGAGAGAUUGCAAAAACAGGAACAAAAAAAUGAGAGUACAGUAUAAAUAAACAGAAUGGUAUAUUAUUGAUCGAUAAGUAUAUCUCGACAGCAGCAAAACAAAAGUAAACAAUUAUUUAGUGAAUAAAGGGAUAAAUACAGAAUCAUUGAUCUUAUAUUAAAGCAAACAAAUAUUUAAUUAUGUAUUAGUAAUUCUAUUGACAAAAAGUAUAAUAAUGGAAAAGAAUCAACACA